AUGCUAGAGCCGAACACCGCCUCCUGGUGGCAGUCUGCGGAGGCGCCUCUCUGCACCGUCUGCUGCUGCACCACCGUAAACAAGGUCGUCAUGGUGAUAUUCAUGGUGCUGCUGGUCGUCGCCAUUUUGUUCGGGAAUGUUGUGACCUUAGCUGUAAUUUUGGGAACGCAGCACUUCCACACGCCGCAGGGUUACCUCAAAGCGUCCCUCGCCAUCGCUGAUUUAGCCGUCGGAAUUUUCGUCGUUCCUUUAUCCAUUUACGCGGAAGUUUUCCUAAUGGUGACUGACUCCGCCCCCCAGUGGACAACCUUUAACUCGCAACUGGUUAGCUUCCACCCUUGCAAUGUCAUCGGGCCUAUCUUCGCUGGAUGCACGUUUGUUUCUAUAACGACUAUUUUCAUGCUAACGAUCGAACGUAGCAUCGCCGUUUUGCGCCCUCUCCACAAAGACUCCGUUAUCACAAGAAAACGAACUACUAUUUUGAUCGUGCUUUCUUGGAUUGGUAGUUUUUUCCUCGCUGUGUCACCGAUGAUUUUCAAUGGCGACAUUGCACUGGAGUACAAUCCCUGCAGCCGGAUGUGUAACUACGCUUUGGGAACAAUCACAGAAUUCCCGUCUCAAGCGUGGAACAUUCUCCUGCUUUUCCCAACCUUCGAUUUCACGCUUUUGGGAGGAACUGUGGUCAUAAACAUCAUUUCUCUGUCCAGUAUUCGUCAGCAUUCCAAGAGGAGGAAACAUCUUGCGGAAUCGGAAUGCCAGAACUCCAGCAAACCCACGUUCUCGGACAUAAAAGCGGCGAAGACGAUCGGAGCGUUGACGGUGGCGUUCACGGCCUCGUUCACUCCGAUCGCGGUCUUCGUGGUCGGGAAUGUUCUGGGGAAUAAAUGGUGUAACUUCUCGUUUUUCGCGUUUUGGAUUUUGGCGUCGAACAGCUGUUGGAACGUGAUCAUCUACAGCGUGAGGGAUCAAAAGUUCAGACUCUGUGCACAGAAGCUGUUUGUGCCGCUCAGGAGGAAGAACUCUGUCAACAAUUAA